UGAUUGGUUGGAUUUCGAAUAACAACUCCGUUUUUUUUUGUGUGUGCCCGGUGUAAAGAAACCAACAAUAUAACGAAUACUGUGUGAAUUACGGCGCCGCAUACACUCCAGUGAACUUCAAUCUCCUAUUUUCACUGUAGACCGGACAUUGUGGGUGCAGUUGCUACAGUCUAUUUUUGUCAAUCACAACUAACAUGGCUUUUCAGGGUAAGUGGAAACACUACAAAGAUGAAGGUUUCGACGCAUUUCUCGACGCCAUUGGUACACCCGAAGAAGCAAAGAAAGUUGCAUUAGCCAGCCAUCCCGUGAUCGAUUUCAGCAGAGACGGCGAUUACUAUGUGGUUCGUUUUACCGAGAGCGGGGGCACAGACAGAGAGUCCAGGUUCAAAGAGGGAGAGGAGUUCGACCAUCCCGCUAGUGUGGCCGAUGCUUCAAACACAAGACGUGUUGUUGCCACCCAGUUGUCCGACUCCAAGUUUCAAAUCAAGACCGUGUCUGGCAGUCCCGAUUGUGUUGAAACUCGUGACGUCAUCGACGGCGAGUUGGUAACCACCCUGGAACAUGGAAGCGUUACGUGUAAAAGAUACUUCAAGAAAGUAUAAUAUGGUUUCCGAGCUCCGUAGCAUCCGCGUGAUUUUGACGUAGAAUUUGCGUAAUUCGUUUAAUCAAUAUAGUCUGGGAGAAGCAGGUCACGCCCACUCUUGAAACUGAACUGAUAUUAAUAACUCAUGAACAUGUCUGGAAGAUUAAAUGGAUUUAUUCACAAUUUAAGAACACGACACAUGUAAUAGUGCGUUGAUUGUAUUAGAACCAGACUAACUUAUAGUAACUCAAAAUGUUAUUUGUCGGUCAUGCUAGGCAUAGACUGCUGUAUUGUUACACCGUCUGAACUGAAUUACCAUAUCAUGCGUAGUUCGUGGGAAAUAGUGUGAGGACUACUUAAGAACUACUCAACCUGUGCUUAUGAAUAGUUUGAAAGCCGGUUUAUUGAAAAAGACCAUCAUUUAAAUAUAGAUCGACAUUGAAAUGACCAUUGAGACCUAUCCAGGUACCACCAUUGUAUUCCAAAAUUACCAUCAUGCGUGACUGCACAGUUUCUGUCCCAUGAUUUCAACAACUCCGUACGUCUAUCUGACAGUGCUGGUAUAAACUGUGUUAUCCCGUAGCCAUCUUGAAUGUUAGUAUGUCUGAGUAUUCAAGUACAAACGACGAUGUUGAUUUAGUGUUGUUUUGACAUAUAUUGUGUAUUGCCUUCCGUAGUUGCUUUGUUCUAAUCAAUCAUUAAAUAAGUCAUUUCAUGUAA